UUGUUUUGAAUAAACUUUAUUGACUACUUCGAAUUGCCUACCACCGCCACCGGGCUUCUGCCGGCGACUUUUCGGGCUGUUUGUCUCCAGCCGGGCCGCCGGUUCAUCUCCAUCCUCGUUGGUUUGCUCGCGGCGAUCUCCUGCCCGCCCAGCGACCCCGCCGCUUGCCCGUUCGUCGGGCGGCCGCCGGACUAGGCCCGAACCGCGGUCUCCAGUAGGCCCUAACGGCCGGGCCCGAGGCAGAGCUGUGGGGAAAGCUGGUCUGAAGCACCUCCGGGCAGCCAGGGCCGCGCGACCCAGCGGGUGGUUUGAGGGGAAGGCGAGCGAGGUUCUCCGCGUUGCCGUGACGAUCCCAGAAUUCGGCGCGCGCCGCCUGUGGGGCCGGAACUGCCGGCCGAGCCUCCGCUGAGCGAGGCGCCGAGCCGCUCCAGAGCGAGCCCAGCCACCGGCGCUUAGGUGGAACUGUGCUCCGCGGGCGUGAGGAAUCCCUGCGGCUUUGCGGAUGAGGAGGUCCCUCUAGGGUUGGGACCGAAGACAUUCUUGGCAGGUUUGGGGCGUGAGGAGGUUCCUGUCAGUUUGGGAGGCGUGAAGAGAUUCUCUCUUCGUCCAGAGAGGACGCGUGCUGCUGCCUCCCGCUCCUUUUGACGCUAAGAACCUGGCCCGCCGCAGAACGCUUCAAGGCCCGGCGAAGAUGGCCUCGGUACCGGUGUAUUGCCUCUGUCGGCUGCCUUAUGAUGUGACCCGCUUCAUGAUUGAGUGUGACAUGUGCCAGGACUGGUUUCAUGGCAGUUGUGUUGGUGUCGAAGAGGAGAAGGCUGCUGACAUUGACCUCUACCACUGCCCCAACUGUGAGGUCUUACAUGGGCCCUCCAUCAUGAAAAAACGACGCGUAUCUUCAAAAGGCCAUGAUACACACAAGGGGAAGCCAGUAAAGACCGGAAGUCCUACAUUUAUUCGAGAGCUUCGGAGUAGGACCUUUGACAGCUCAGAUGAAGUGAUUCUGAAGCCCACUGGAAGUCAGCUGACCGUGGAAUUCCUGGAAGAGAAUAGCUUCAGUGUGCCCAUCCUGGUCUUGAAGAAGGAUGGAUUGGGGAUGACACUGCCCUCGCCAUCAUUCACUGUGAGGGAUGUGGAACACUAUGUUGGUUCUGACAAAGAGAUUGAUGUGAUCGAUGUGACUCGCCAGGCUGACUGCAAGAUGAAGCUUGGUGAUUUUGUGAAAUAUUAUUAUAGUGGAAAGAGGGAGAAAGUUCUCAAUGUCAUUAGUUUGGAGUUCUCUGAUACCAGGCUUUCUAACCUUGUGGAAACACCCAAGAUUGUUCGAAAGCUCUCAUGGGUGGAGAACUUGUGGCCGGAGGAGUGUAUCUUUGAGAGGCCCAAUGUACAGAAGUACUGCCUCAUGAGUGUGCGGGAUAGUUAUACAGACUUUCACAUUGACUUUGGUGGCACCUCAGUCUGGUACCACGUGCUCAAGGGUGAGAAGAUCUUCUAUCUCAUCCGCCCUACAAAUGCCAACUUGACUCUCUUUGAGUGCUGGAGCAGCUCCUCUAACCAGAAUGAGAUGUUCUUUGGGGACCAGGUGGACAAAUGCUACAAGUGUUCUGUGAAGCAAGGACAGACACUUUUCAUUCCUACAGGAUGGAUCCAUGCUGUGCUGACCCCUGUGGACUGCCUUGCCUUUGGAGGGAACUUCUUACACAGCCUUAACAUUGAAAUGCAGCUCAAAGCCUAUGAGAUUGAGAAGCGGUUGAGCACAGCAGAUCUCUUCAAGUUCCCCAACUUUGAGACCAUCUGUUGGUAUGUGGGAAAGCACAUCCUGGAUAUCUUUCGAGGUUUGCGAGAAAACAGGAGACACCCUGCCUCCUACCUGGUCCAUGGUGGCAAAGCCCUGAACUUGGCCUUUAGAGCCUGGACAAGGAAAGAAGCUCUGCCAGACCACGAGGAUGAGAUCCCAGAGACAGUGAGGACUGUGCAGCUCAUUAAAGAUCUGGCUAGGGAGAUCCGCCUGGUGGAAGAUAUCUUCCAACAGAACGUUGGGAAGACGAGCAAUAUCUUUGGGCUGCAGAGGAUCUUCCCAGCUGGCUCCAUUCCCUUAACCAGGCCAGCCCAUUCCACUUCAGUAUCCAUGUCCGGGCUGUCACUGCCCUCCAAAAGUGGUUCAAAGAAGAAAGGCCUGAAGCCCAAGGAACUCUUCAAGAAGGCAGAGCGAAAGGGCAAGGAGAGCUCAGCCUUGGGGCCUGCUGGCCAAUUGAGCUAUAAUCUCAUGGACACAUACAGUCAUCAGGCACUGAAGACAGGCUCUUCCCAGAAAGCAAAGUUCAACAUCACUGGUACCUGCUUGAAUGACUCAGAUGAUGACUCGCCAGAUGUGGACCUUGAUGGGAGUGAGAGCCCACUGGCCCUAUUGAUGUCUAAUGGCAGUACCAAGAGGGUAAAGAGCUUAUCCAAGUCUCGGCGAGCCAAGAUCUCGAAGAAGGCAGACAAGGCUAGGCUGGUGGCAGAACAGAUGAUGGAGGAUGAAUUUGACUUGGAUUCAGAUGAUGAACUACAGAUUGAUGAGAGACUGGGAAAGGAGAAGGCGACCCUGAUAAUAAGACCAAAAUUUCCUCGAAAGUUGCCCCGUGCGAAGCCUUGCUCUGACCCCAACCGAAUUCGUGAACCAGGAGAAGUUGAGUUUGACAUUGAGGAGGACUAUACAACAGAUGAGGAUGUGGUAGAAGGGGUUGAAGGCAAGCUUGGGAAUGGGAGUGGAGCCGGUGGAAUUCUUGAUCUGCUCAAGGCCAGCAGGCAGGUGGGGGGACCUGACUAUGCUGCCCUCACCGAGGCUCCUGCCUCUCCCAGCACUCAGGAGGCCAUCCAGGGCAUGCUGUGCAUGGCCAACCUGCAGUCCUCAUCGUCCUCACCAGCUACCUCCAGCCUGCAGGCCUGGUGGACCGGGGGGCAGGACCGAAGCAGUGGGAGCUCCAGCAGUGGGCUGGGCACAGUGUCUAGCAGUCCUGCUUCCCAGCGCACCCCAGGGAAGCGGCCCAUCAAGCGGCCAGCAUACUGGAGAACCGAGAGCGAGGAGGAGGAGGAGAACGCCAGUCUCGAUGAGCAGGACAGCUUGGGAGCAUGCUUCAAGGAUGCAGAGUAUAUUUACCCUUCUCUGGAGUCAGACGACGAUGAUCCUGCUUUGAAAUCUCGACCCAAGAAAAAGAAGAAUUCAGAUGAUGCUCCAUGGAGUCCUAAAGCCCGUGUGACCCCAACUCUGCCGAAGCAGGACCGUCCUGUGCGUGAGGGGACCCGGGUAGCUUCCAUUGAGACAGGCUUGGCUGCAGCAGCUGCAAAGUUGGCUCAGCAGGAGCUACAGAAAGCCCAAAAGAAGAAAUAUAUCAAGAAGAAGCCUUUGUUGAAGGAGGUAGAACAGCCUCACCCUCAAGAGCCCAAUCUCAGUGUGGCAGCGCCAGCCCCAACUCUGGCCACUACACCACAGCUUCUCACCUCCUCCUCUCCCCUGCCUCCUCCUGAGCCUAAACAAGAGGCCCUCUCAGGAAGUCUUGCUGACCACGAGUAUACUGCUCGUCCCAAUGCCUUUGGCAUGGCCCAGGCAAACCGCAGCACCACACCCAUGGCCCCUGGUGUCUUCUUGACCCAGCGACGCCCUUCAGUUGGCUCUCAGAGCAAUCAAGCAGGACAAGGAAAGCGCCCCAAAAAGGGCCUGGCUACAGCAAAGCAGAGACUCGGCCGUAUCCUGAAAAUCCACAGAAAUGGAAAACUGCUUCUAGCACAGCCUGGACCUUCUGAAGAAGAUGUGGCAGGACAGCUCACCCCUGGGUUCUCCAUCAGGAGCCUCCCUGCUUCUCUCUUCACCUUGAGGUCUUUGUCUGAAGAAGACCUCGGAACUCACACCUUCACUCCUGGGCCUUUGCACUUCCAGAUGUCAAGUGGACACUCAAGCAGAGUGCAGACAGGCCACUCGGGAGUCUGAGCCUAGGAGCAGAGAUGCCCAUCUGUAAAGGAGCAGAUCAUCUGAUCCUCUCUCCCCCUUUUCCCUUUGUGAAUGUUUCAAUUGUCCAGACAGUGCCCACCCCCUCCCUCAUCCUUCCCCAGCUCCCUCCACCUCCGCCUGUCUUGCCUCCCUGGUGACCUGGACUGGAUGGAGAAUGUCUCCCUCUCUCCAUUUUGGUACUACCCAAGUGGAGUGCAUCCUUGUUCUCUACCCCUCACUUGACCUCACCCCAGUUUUCUCAGUGCUUCUGGGGAACUUAACAACUACCAUGCAGGCCACAGGGAAUAUGUGAGGCUUCCCUAGUCAUCUUUGUGUCUCCAGUUUGUCUUUUUUUUCUCCACAGCCCCACAUCUACUCUCCUUCCUUGGAAUCAGGGGUCCCUUAGCUCCAUUUGCUUUUUCUAUCUUGGGGACCCCAGGGGCCAAGCAGUCCUCCAUCUAGUCACACCAAAGGCAAAAAGCCUGGCUACCUCCCCCCCAGCACAUGAGGUUCUCCACUCUCCCCCCUUCUUCUGCCCAGCUUUGCUUUUCUUGGGUAUUUCAAGGCAGCAGAGGGAAGCAAGGGAGGUAAGGGGGGCAGCCUAUGUCUCUGUAGGCAACUGCCUGACUAGGCCCUGACUGCUGUAACCAAGACCAGGACCCCAGCCCUUCUGCCCAUUAACACCCCCUUCCCCUUGAUCUUUCAAAGGCAGCUAAUUGCUAGCAUAUCCCCCUGGUUCCAGGCCUCUUUCCCCUCUGUUUCUUAGUUAGAAGUUUCUGUGGAGCUGAAACCCAACCUCCAUUUGACUGGGUUUCUGUUUAGUUUAGUUGGGCUCUCAGAGCCUGCUGUUGGUUGUUUUGUGUUUUAAAUGAAAAGCAAGUUUACCCUCAGAUUUAUGCUUUUCCAAAGAGGCUAGUGUGCUUUUUUUUUUUUUUUUUUUUAAUGUUUCAGGUUCUAAGUGAAGUGAGUUGGGGAGGGGUUGGGAAUGGUCAUAACCAAGGUUUAGAACAUGGUGAGAGAGUUACCUCUGGUCUCUAAUCCCUAGCACAGAGCUGGGGGUUGGGUAGGGGGCAGGGAGAGAGGAUUUCUAUUCACCUUUAAUAUAUUUUUACAAAAAAGCAAUUUAAAAACAAGCCCACCGCUUCUGUACAUGUCUAAAUAUAUUUUUAGAAGUGGGUAGGAUUGUGAAUUUCUGAUGCAGGGCCUUUUUAUAAACAGGUUAGAAUAGCAUCACCAUACAAACUUCUCUGUUGUUUUUUUCCCCCUGUUUUUUUCUUAUGUUGUGUUACUAAUGUAAUUUAUAUUUUUUUUUAGAUCCUCCCUUUCCUAUAGAGAUAAAAGUGAUUUAUCUUGGCAA